GCAGGCGCCGGAAGUCUGAAGCCGGCAAACAUGGCUGUUCUUUAUUUUCUCAGCCAUUCAGCGACUACUCUGGCAGCGUUCUUCCUUUUGUCUUUCGGCAGCUCGGCAGCUAGUCAAAUCGAGGAUCAAGCAGAACAAUUUUUUAGAAGUGGCCAUACAAACAACUGGGCUGUUUUGGUUUGUACAUCCCGAUUCUGGUUUAAUUAUCGACAUGUUGCAAAUACUCUUUCUGUUUAUAGAAGUGUCAAGAGGCUGGGUAUUCCUGACAGCCACAUCGUCCUGAUGCUUGCUGAUGACAUGGCCUGCAACCCUAGAAAUCCCAAACCAGCCACCGUGUUCAGUCACAAGAAUAUGGAGCUCAAUGUGUACGGAGAUGACGUAGAAGUGGAUUAUCGAAGCUAUGAGGUGACCGUGGAGAAUUUUUUACGGGUAUUAACUGGGAGGAUCCCACCUAGUACUCCUAGAUCAAAACGUCUUCUUUCUGAUGAUAGAAGCAAUAUUCUUAUUUAUAUGACAGGACAUGGUGGAAAUGGUUUCUUGAAAUUCCAAGAUUCUGAAGAAAUUACUAACAUAGAACUUGCAGAUGCUUUUGAACAGAUGUGGCAGAAAAGACGCUACAAUGAACUACUGUUUAUUAUUGACACUUGCCAAGGAGCAUCCAUGUAUGAGCGGUUUUAUUCUCCUAACAUAAUGGCUCUAGCCAGUAGCCAAGUAGGCGAAGAUUCCCUCUCGCAUCAACCUGAUCCUGCAAUUGGAGUCCAUCUUAUGGAUAGAUACACAUUUUAUGUCUUGGAGUUUUUAGAGGAAAUUAAUCCAGCUAGCCAAACUAAUAUGAAUGACCUUUUUCAAGUGUGUCCCAAGAGUUUGUGUGUUUCUACCCCUGGACAUCGCACUGAUCUUUUUAAGAGGGACCCUAAAAAUGUCUUGAUAACUGAUUUCUUUGGAAGUGUACGGAAAGUGGAAAUUACAACAGAGACUAUUAGUUUGCAACAGGAUUCAGAAAUCAUGGAAAGCAGUUAUAAGGAAGACCAGAUGGAUGAGGAGUUCAUGGAACCACUGAAAUAUGCCGAACAACUUCCUGUAGCACAGAUAAUACACCAGAAACCAAAACUGAAAGACUGGCACCCACCGGGGGGCUUCAUUCUGGGUCUGUGGGCGCUCAUUCUCAUGGUCUUUUUUAAAACAUAUGGAAUCAAGCAUAUGAAGUUCAUUUUUUAGACUCAAAGAUGUCUGAAGAAUAUAUGGAAGAUUUUAACCUUGGACACAAAUUUAUGUUGUGUGUUUUUACAAGUACAUUACUCUCAUAUAAAUUUGGGGGAUAAUAUAAGGGAAUUAAAUUUUAACAAACUGCACAGUUUAUAGCAUAAAUAAAUGAAUGGUUAAUGCAAGUACUUAUUGGCCACUAAAUAUUUUCAAGUUUUCAUUUUGUGUGUUGUACUAAAAUGGAAUAAAGAGACCUGAAUAUAGCGAUGGCUUAUUUUUGAAAACAGCAGCUUUCCCUCAUUCUCUUUUCAUUUGCAAAAGAAAAAAC